AUAAAGUUUAAUAUUACAAUUCUUUGAUAAGUUUUUUUUUUUUAAAUUUUUUUUGUUGAAAAAAGAUAUUAUUGUUGUUUCUUGGCAGCCACUCCAGGAGGCCAACUUGUAAUUCAUCUCCUGGGGCUUGGCUCUCUCUAAUUUUAAAACCUUGUUCUUGAGAAAUUUAAAAUCUUGAUUGACAAUAUUAAAUCUUGUCCGUAACAAUAAUGUUGGAGGAUUUGCAUUUCUUGAGAUUUCCAUGAUGUUCAUCAGAAUUGUUUAUAGAAACUGAAGACAUUUUAAAUGGGAGACGCUGCUUCGCCUGAUAAGAAAUCAGGUUGUGGCCUAUUAACAGCGGUUUUCGGGAAACGGAGUUUUUGGCCGAGAAGAAGUACAUCUGCUAGCUCACUUCCCACGUCGAACGGUAACAAUUUCAUUAAAACACCAAGCACGCCGAAAAGGCGGAGAAGCGGUUCGGACGAGGCUGCAUUUUUAGGAGUCUUACCUACUAUUCCAUCAGAAGCACCCCCGAAACCCGUUACAAAAGCUCCCGAUCAUCCCAAGAUUCCGCCCGUACAACAACAUCAACAACAACAACAAAACUGUGGAAGAAAACCUUCGGAAAAUGGGAUCAAAGUAUUGCCGGAUCAUCAAGGCCGUGGGCGCCAAAAUUAUGCUUACGUAAAUCAAGGAAGGAAAAUACCAAAAGAGGCGGUUGGGAUAUCGGGUGAGCUCGAAACCAUGAUUGCUGAUCACCAGAAGAAUAAAGGAAGCAGCACGCUUGUUCGCGCUUCGUCGAGCAAUGUUAUGCUUUUUAGCAAUUUAGGUAAUCUGAGGGGAGGUGGAGGUGGCGGAAAUUUGAAUUCGUAUAAUGUUCUUGAUCAUCUUCCUAAGACUGCGAGAGAAGAAACUUAUAAUAAUAAUAAUAAUAAUACUGCACCAAAUGGGAAAUACCCAAAUAGUGUGAUGGGAAAUGUGGUUAAGAAACAUUAUGAGGAUCAGAAACCAAGUUUAGAGGCGCCGCCACCUCCGCACGAAGACGGAUCUUUAUGCAGGGCGCUUUCGACACGAAUGGACCCGGAGCAAUUGAAAAUAAUGGGCAAUGAAGAUUAUAAGAAUGGGAAUUUCGUCGAGGCAUUGGCUUUGUAUGAUGCAGCAAUCUCCAUUGAUCCUGAUAAGGCUUCAUAUCGGAGCAACAAAAGUGCUGCAUUAACCGCUUUAGGUAGAAUUCUUGAGGCGGUUUUCGAGUGCAGAGAAGCCAUUCGAAUUGAUCCUCGUUACCAUAGAGCUCACCAUCGUUUAGCAACUUUGUAUCUCAGAUUAGGGGAUGUGGAAAAAGCUACAUAUCACUACAAACAUUCAGGACCAGAAGCCGACCAUGUCGACCUAGCUAAAGCUAAAGGGCUUCAAGUUCAUCUCAACAAGUGCACCGAGGCACGACGACACCGAGACUGGAACAGCUUGAUUAAGGAGACUAAGGCUGCAAUUUCCUCAGGGGCAGAUUCAGCUCCACAAAUGUAUGCAUUGCAAGCUGAGGCCUUUAUAAAGCUGCAUAGGCAUCAGGAAGCAGAUGAAGCAUUAGCGAAAGGUCCGAAUUUCGAUGUCGAUGACUGCACUCAAUAUUUUAGCCCCAUUGGUAAUGCAAAUCUGUUGAUAGUACGAGCUCAGGUUUACAUGGCUGUUGGCAGGUUCGAUGAUGCGUUGAGUGUAGCUCAACGGGCAACUAGACUCGAUGGUAACAACAGGGAAGCAAAUACGGUAUUGAGGAAGGCAAGAGCUAUUACAGCAGCUAGAUCAAACGGUAACCAACUUUUCAAGGCUGCCAAAUUCUAUGACGCCUCUAAUGCUUAUAGUGAAGGACUCGAGCACGAUCCUUACAACUCCGUGCUGCUGUGCAACCGAGCUGCUUGCCGGUCUAAACUCGGGCAGUAUGAAAAAGCUGUGGAGGAUUGUAAUGCGGCCCUCCAUGUCCGCCCUGGUUACUGCAAGGCUAGACUAAGAAGAGCUGAUUGCUACUCCAAGUUGGAAAAAUGGGAAGCUUCAAUACAAGACUUCGAAAUAUUACAAAAAGAAGCACCAGAAGAUGAAGAAGUGAGCAAGGGUUUGUUAGAAGCCAAGGCACAGCUGCAAAAGAUGACAUAAGAGAUUUUAAAAGCCAAUUUAAGCGACGAAAUGCUAUAAAUGCAGCAGCAAGAACGAGCCGCAGAAUCAAAAACUGAUGAAAAAUACUCGUAUGAUCGGUAUGAAUUGCUGCCAUUGUUUGAGACACAAGAAAAAGAAUUCUCAAAUUAUCCAACCAAAAACUCUGGUGUAAUUUAGAGAAAGAAAUUGGCUUUUAACUUAACUAGAAUGCUAUGUAAAUUACAAAAGAAAACAAUUUAGUCCA